UGGUCACCUUUGCCAUGACAUCUCGACUAUUUACUAGACCAUCAACACAUUACACUAUAUAAGAAGCAUCCUUUAAGGGUAUUUUCAUAACUGAAGUAAACAACAAUAGUAAGAGAUGAAGACAAUAGUUUGUAUAGUGAUCGUAGUGGCAUGUAAUGAUGCUUUGGCUUUGUUACCAGUGCCAUUAGAAAAGCAGUUGAUAGAAAAUGUGAACAGGUAUAAAGAAAGCAACUUCCGGUGGAAUGUACGAAAUCUUGACGAAGACAGCUUCAUAUCGUUGAGGAAACUAGAGGAGAAAAAAGACAGAGACUUUACUGAGUAUCUUAAAAUAAAGCAGAAUGAAGCCAGAAAUAAAUUAAACAAUAAGAGUCCAAAUUCACAUUCACCAAGGAAUGUAAUGAUGACUUUAAAAGAGGUUGAACCAAUGACCAUGAUGUACAGCAACAAGUUGGAAACUACAAAUCUAGAGCCACUGUCAAUGUUGUACAGCAAAGAACCACCACAAGUAAUGAUGUACAACGCAAAAGAUCUGCAGCCGUCACCGAUGAUGUACAGGAACAAUUUAGGCACCGGUACUCUGCCAAUAGAAAUUACUGGCAAAAGGUCACCACAAGUGAUGAUGUACAAUGCAAAAGAUAUGCAGCCAUCGUCAAUGCUAUAUAGUAACACAUUAAAUAUUGAAAACCUUCAGCCUUUAUCAAUGAUGUACGGAAAGAGGUCACCACAAGUGAUGAUGUAUAAUGCAAAAGAUAUGCAGCCAUCAGCAAUGCUAUACAGUAACAUAUUGGAUAUCGAUCAUCUUCAGCCAUUAUCUAUGAUGUAUGGAAAAGGGUCACCACAAGUUAUGAUGUAUAAUGCAAAAAAUAUGCAGCCAUCAUCAAUGCUAUACAGUAACAAAUUGGAUAUCGAUAAUCUUCAGCCAUUGUCAAUGAUGUACGGGAAAAGGUCGCCACAAGUGAUGAUGUAUAAUGCAAAAGAUAUGCAGCCAUCGGCAAUGCUGUACAGUAAUUCAUUGGAUGCAGAUAAACAUCAACCCUUGUCAAUGAUGUACGGAAAAAGGUCGCCACAAGUGAUGAUGUAUAAUGCAAAAGAUAUGCAGCCUUCCGCAAUGCUGUACAGUAAUUCAUUGGAUGCAGAUAAACAUCAACCCAUGUCAAUGAUGUACGGAAAAAGGUCGCCACAAGUGAUGAUGUACAAUGCAAAAGAUAUGCAGCCUUCCGCAAUGCUGUACAGUAAUUCAUUUGAUGCAGAGAAACAUCAACCUAUGUCAAUGAUGUACAAAAAGAGGUCACCACAAGUGAUGAUGUACAAUGCAAAAGAUAUGCAGCCAUCAUCAAUGCUAUACAGUAACACGUUGGAUAUCGAUAAUCUUCAGCCAUUGUCAAUGAUGUACGGAAAAAGAUCACCACAAGUGAUGAUGUAUAAUGCAAAAGACAUGCAGCCAUCGGCAAUGCUGUACAGUAAUUCACUGGAUUCAGAUAAACAUCAACCCUUGUCAAUGAUGUACGGAAAAAGGUCGCCACAAGUGAUGAUGUAUAAUGCAAAAGAGAUGCAGCCUUUGGGAAUGCUGUACAGUAAUUCACUGGAUUCAGAUAAACAUCAACCCUUGUCAAUGAUGUACGGAAAAAGGUCGCCACAAGUGAUGAUGUAUAAUGCAAAAGAGAUGCAGCCUUUGGGAAUGCUGUUCGGUAAUUCACUGGACGAAGAUAAACAUCAACCCAUGUCAAUGAUGUACAAAAAGAGGUCACCACAAGUGAUGAUGUACAAUGCAAAAGAUAUGCAGCCAUCGGUAAUGCGAUAUAGUAACACAUUGGAUACAGUUAAUCAUCAACUAAUGUCAAUGUUGUUCGAGAAAAGGUCCCCACAAGUGAUGGCAUACAAAGCCGUGCUAAAUGAUAAAAAACCUAGGCAUAUCAUGAUUUGUGCUGGAACCAAUGUCUCUGUUACUACCAUAGAGAGAAAUGAAUCGGCAAACCAGAACAAUCAAGUGAUAGAGCUUUCAAGUUUUAUAAAUCAGUGGUUCAAAAUGACUUAUACACUUGUCAAGGAGGCACCUUUAGAAGAAAGCAAAUUUUUUAGCACAUGGAAACAGACUAUCUCUAUUUUUGGGCAUGAUGAUUUAACUCGACAAUACUUUAAACUAAAAUAUCCAGCUUUGAGUCAAGAAACAGUAAUACAUGAAAUUUCAAAAUCCAAUGUCUUUGAAAAACUCUUCUGGCCUUUUGCUUACGACAUUGGUUUCAUGAAUCAAAAACUUGGUCUUCUUGGUUUCUCCGGAUUGGUCGCAACACCAGAAAAACAGAAGCUUAUGUUUUAUGAAAUUCUUGAAAAGUUCCAAACUCUAAAAAUUCCUGUUCAGAGCAAUAAGAUAGUAUACAGUUUUAAUGAUUCCCUUGUGAUCGAUGCAUUAAAUUGUUCUGGUCUUCAAGAAAUGAGCAGAGAAUAUGUAGAUGCGGGACUUCAUUUGUAUACACUAGAAGAACAAGCUUAUAUACUAGGGAAAGUUGAAGCAGCGAUGUCACUUAUAAAUGACACAAUGCCAGAACUAUACAAAGUUAUUCAUCAAAUUGUAUCAUGCAUAGCGUUUUACAAGGCAGAGCAUCCGGGUUUUGCUGGUGGAAGUAUAAGUUCUGCUCUCGGGCUUAUCUGGCAAGAUCCUAAUUCAUAUAAGGAACAGACAGUGGCGCAUUAUGCCGAACAAAUAGUCCAUGAAUUUAUACAUACAUCUUUAUUCCUUGCCGACCUUGUACAUGGAACAUUUUCUGACUACAGAUUGCUCUCCAUGGCAAAAGUCUAUUCACCAAUACGUCAUGAACUUCGUGAUUUUGACAAAACCUUUCAUGCCUCUUAUGUUUCGACAGGGGUUGCUCUUUUCCAUGCACGAGCUGGUAACUGGGAGAAAGCAGUUAAACUUGCUGAACCAUUGAGAGCAUCUGUAGAAGGUCUUACUAUGUUAGAUAAUGAAGUGGGCGUACUGAAUGAUUCGGGAAGAGCCAUGUUACAAGCCAUGGAAGAUUUCUUAUUUGUUAUUCGUCUUAUGUGAAAGUUUUGAGUUAAAUAUUAUAAUUAAAUGUUUUAUAUAAUAAAAGGUUUAUUUUUUA